CCAUCAUGUCUAACGCACGUCGCUCUCUCGCGGACCUCCAGGAUGACUACAACAAAGGAAGCCGCGAACCACUCGACAAGUUGGUUAAGGCUUUUGUCCACAUCCAGAGCCUAAAGCCCGAUGACCCCAACUCUUUCCAAGUCAUCGCCGGUUACCAUGGCGAGCCCUUCCGUGACAAUACACCACCCAGUUCUCAUGAGGAUGGAUGGUGGGGAGGAUACUGUUUUCAUGGCUGUGUCCUCUUCCCAACCUGGCAUCGUGCCUAUCUCCUUCGCCUAGAGCGUGCUCUUCAAACCGCUCCUGGAUGCGAAGAUGUCAUGCUUCCUUUCUGGGAUGAGUGUUCCAUAACGGGAGAUUCCACGGGUGCCAAUAUCAUCCCAGAGGUUCUCACCUGGGUGAAGUACCCGUUGGAUGGCAAGCAAAUUCCAAAUCCACUGUACUCUUUCAAACUGCAAGCCAAGCUUGAUGAUGAUGCUAGUGAUAAGAACAGAUAUACCAAGCCAGAGGGGUACGAAACAGUUCGCUACCCCCUUUCGGGCCUGGUUGGGACUGCAGAGGAUCAGGAGGAAACGACUGCGCAUAAUGCGCUGUACCCGGAUCCGGAUGAAUGCACGAAAUAUCUCAACGAGAAUGUCUCGAACUGGCUGCUCAAAGGCCCGAAUAAGGACACGCUGGCUGUCCUCACUCAAUACAAGCGUUGUCUCCAGGUGCCAGACUAUACUACUUUCUCGAAUACGGAGUCCGCCAAGCACAAAAUGACGACCCGGGAAAAGCAAAAGAACCCGCAAUAUGUUGUACCAUUGGAGAGUCCACAUAACGCCAUUCAUCUCGCCGUCGGGGGGUUUUACGACCCGGGUGAUGGGAAUAUAAACGAUGGUGAAAUUCCCGGUGCGAACGGCGAUAUGGGCGAAAACAACACCGCAUCCUUCGAUCCGAUUUUCUAUCUUCACCACUGCUUUGUCGACUAUGUCUUCUGGCAAUGGCAAAAGAGACACGAGGCCACCAAGGGUUUUGAAAUUAAUGAGAAGGAUCCCGGUGCCAAGGUCCCUCCUGGAGGCAUGGUUAAUUUGCCAGCGGGUACUGUGCUGACUAUGGAUUCUCCCUUGGAGCCCUUCGUCAACCCCAAGUCCAGCGCGGGAAAUCUAUAUACUUCCAAGGACCUUGUCGACAUUGAAGCCCUGGGAUAUACAUAUGGCCCCGGGUCCCUAGACGAGGUGGAUGUGCCCUCUGGGCCAGAUGUUCCCAACCGCCUGUUCGCUGUUUCGAACAUCAACCGAGCCGAUUACGAAGGAUCCUUUGUGAUUCGCACCUAUGCCACGACUGACCAUCUGGAGAGUCAAGACAUAACUGUGUCGGUCGAAGUCGGUCGAGAGCCCAUCCUAAGUCGCUGGAACAUCGAAAACUGCGCAAACUGCCAAAACCACCUUGAUGCUGUUUCUUUCAUCCCAAUUAGCCAGGAAAUGCUUGACCUCCUACUCGGAGAUGACCAGCAGGGUGAUCUCACCCAGAAAAUCAGGUUCCAUGUGGCUAUACAGAACCAUAAAAGGGUUUUCAAGGUUCCGCAUAGUGAGCUUGGGGCUCCUGGUAAACCAGCUCUGGAGCAUUUGACUUAG